GAUGCUUACUACAGGUAGGUAAAUACAAUCUGAACCGGGAAGUAUUAUACUAAUGCAAAUGGCGGAUUAACAUAUGCACAUAUAGAGGUUUGUACUUCAAGUAACAUGUAUGAUGUCAAAUAGAAGCUGACGAUGGCAAGUAAGCAUUCCAUCCACCAUGCCCAAGUGCACGUAUCCUACAUGUGUGCAUUAUGUGAUAAUACAGAAGAUGUUCAAUGGUUUUGUAACGACUGCCAAGAAAGUUUAUGUGAUAGGUGUAAAUGCUCCCAUAAACGCGGAAAGAAAACAAGAAAUGACGAUAUCGUGCCAAUCAAGGAGGCAAACAAACAAGGCGAGACAAUAAUCCCGGAGGUAUGUAAGAUACAUCCGGGCAAAUCAUCCGACUUGUUCUGUAGCGAGUGUGACGUCAUUAUGUGUUCAAUGUGUUUUACACAAAAACAUAAACAACACGCUUUCAAACAUAUUGAAGAAGAGAUUGAUUCGCAGAAAAAAUACAUGCGAGAUGAAUUGGCUACAUUGAAGUCAAAUCUAGAUCAAUUUUACAAAAAACUUACAGAACGCAAACAAGUCACUCAGUCAUUUAAAGGUACCAUUGAAAACGUUAUAUGGGAAGUAGAAUCCAGGAGAUCCGCGUUGAAGGCGGAAGUUGAUUUAAUUGCCGACUCAGUCACGGGAGAGUUAUCGUUCUUGCUUGAAAAAGAAUUAAAAACCCACGACAAGGAUUGCCAGCGUCAAGAGAAAACUAUACUGGAAAUGAAACAGCUGAUUCGGGCUGUCGAGGAAGAAUCUGAAAACAAUGAGGGGUUGUCAUCAAUCUUUGCGAUGACGAAGAGACUGAGAACUGCCAAAUCGUCGUAUGGAGUUUCUAGUGAAAAUGUUGUACCCCUGUAUCCACGCUUUGUAUCCGGUAAAAUUAACCAAUUCCAGCUGAAAUCAAUGCUCGGGUAUGUUCGGAUCGGUCAUGAGGGAAAGAAAGUCAUCGGCUACGAGAAGAGACAUAUUGAUUCAAAGCAUGUCAAACAAAUAUCUACUUUCAGGGUCCCACAACAGAAAGAAAUCAUCUCGAUAUGUCCUAUCGACGACAAACACGCAUGGAUGUCAAUAUUUUCGAACAAAAAUUUGAUUUUAGUUAAUAAAGAAGGCGAGGUCAAAAAGAAUGUAAAGCUGGACUUCGGACCAUGGUGUCUGGCAUUGACCAAUACAGGACUACUAAUGACAUGCAGUGAUAGAUCUUCAAUGAUAUACAAUCUGUCCGAGGACAGACGAGUCACAACAUUUGCUGACAUCAGUCCAUUACAAACUUGGGGUAUCAGUGUGAGUGACAGUGACGAGGUGGUAGUUAGUACUGAAUCUCCAACAAUACUGGUACUGAACAAGUCCGGGGACAAGGUCAGACAACUCUCGUGUGGAGGGGAAGGACGGGGUGUCGUCUGUCUAUCCACAGGACAUGUCGCUGUCGUGGUAUAUACGACUGAUGAUUGUCGGUAUAAAUUGGAAAUAAAGGAUAAAUCCGACAAGGCCAUUCAUACAUGGCACGGGGAGCUAGACAAUGGUCAGAUGACCAAAGGGAUGAGGCUUUGUCGCAUAGGCCGUGAUAAGUACGACAGGCUGUUUGUUCCCGAUUACAGGUGUAACCAAGUAUAUGUUAUAUCAGGAGACGGAAGGAUAGUCAGCUGUCUCCUGGACGAGAGACAUAGACUCACAGGCCCUACUGCUGUGGGUGUAGAUAGGUGUGGACACGUUUGGAUCGGAUGUAAACUUAAUGGCACGGUGCAAGUGAUGGAACUAUAAAAACAUGAUGAAAUCUCGGCGGGUGGAAUGGAAUAAUGCAUGCUAAUAUGACAAGCAAAGGUUAGAAGAUAGAUAAUACAUGUAUAUAAGAUAUCUUAUUUGUUUAUGAGAUUAUCUUAUAUGUGAUGUGUAUAUGGAUGUAUGGGUGUGAUGAGAUUACAUACGAACUUGUGACAGUAAAUUCAUAUGGUCUAGGGGAGAAAAUUUGGAACUCAAACUGUAAGAGUUAUUUUCCUUUAUUGGAGCUCUCUAUGUAAAUCAACAUGAUUCAUUAGUAUGAAUUAAAGACUUGGAACAAGA